UUUCCUACUAGGGUUUUAGUCCUGGGUGUGAACGGAAAGCAGAACCAAUUUAUGUGACUAAAGCUGUCCUCCUUUGGAAGAUGUAAGCAGACACUAAGACGCAAACCAGACAGAAAGGACUAUUUUCUGAGUUUGGACUGUCGACAUCUCAGAAGAUCAAAUUCUUUCGUAUCCUGAUAUUUGGAAAACAUCGAAUAUAAUCCACACAUAUUGUUAGAAGAACUUGCCUAAGAAAAUGCUUGGAGAAGCCUUCCUAACAGAAUUCUUUUACAAAGAACAUAAACACGCAAAAUUUCAUAAACCAUUAAGAUGUAAGAAGACACCAAAUGAUGAAAAGGAAAAUUGGGAAAAUAAUCUUCUAGAUAUACAGAACAAUUCACCUCCCCCUCUUAAGAUGGGAAAUCAAGAGAAAGUUGUAGAAGGAAGUCUAACUAAAGAAGAUAACACAUCUCAAAUGAAAUCUGUGGAUGAGUUACCUGUUACAAAAUUCAAAAGUACACCUCUUCCAGGAAAUGUAUCCAUUGCAUUGCCCAUUCCAAAGAGGGGACAUGAUGAAAUACAACUGGAUUUAUAUCGGUCUUGGUCCUGUACAAGUAUUUGCCAGAAUUAUCCUGACCUACAGAUAGGAGGUGACCACGUUAGAAACAUGUAUGAUUCUGGCUGCUUUGUGGAACAUGCCCAUGAUGAUGUCUGUAAUGGUCCUCUUUUACUUUCAGUGGAUAUGCCAUUAGGCCACUCUCCUAAAAUGGGGCCUCUGGAGAAAACAACCGCUUCAAAAUUGUUAAAUGGGGAUGAGGUUCGAGAAAAGAGCAUGCUCUUACAUAAGCAACCCCUUUCUAAUUCUAUGCUUAAUAGUUAUAUGGAAAAAAAGGUGGAUGAACUCUACAAACAGUUUUUGGAAGAAAACCUUACCAGGUGUCUCUCUAUAACCAACCUCCUGGCUUCUAAUAUACUGAUGAAUAAUGUUAAUCAAAUUAGCCUUCAAAUCUCUCAAGAUCAGAACAUAGAGGCAUCCAAAGCCCGAGAAGCCCUACUCCACUCUUUAGCACGCUGUAAUUUUCGUAAUUCUUCCAAUAGAAAUAGCACUGAAUUAAGCACGCCUAAUUUACAGAUAUCAAACCAGACUAGUCGGGAACUUGUAAGACGUCUGUAAUGGGAAAUCAACUAAAGAUUGGCUGGAUCAAAUAAGAGAUCACAGUAACAAUUGUGUUCUUUUGCUUCUUGUGUCUUUUUGAGUCUCCGUGGUGAUGUUACUUUUCAGAGAAAUGAUUCUAUCUUUGUACAUCUGAAUUCUAUCAUGUAAUCCACAUGAAAAGACAUUGCUAUUAAAGACUGUAGGAGAUACGUACAACAACCCCAAAUUAUGAACAUUUAUGAUUUCUUUCUGUUUUGACUCUUUCAGUGGUUGCCACAUGAAAGCUUGUAUGCCUGGAUGUACAUAUUGUCACUAAGUUUGUUUACCAUGAAAGUGCUAUAAGAAAUCCACGACUGUAAGCUAUUGAAGAGGCCAUAGAAGCUGUAUUAGAAAUGGUUAGAGGCAUAUGAUCAGUGUUUAAAUAACCUUCCUCUUAUUUGUGAUACACAAGAUUGUUUACAUUGACAACCAGAAUAGCCUUGGUACCUUUUUUGUAUGUAUAUAUGCCAUUAUUAUAUAUAGAUUGAGAGACUCUGUAGGAAGAAACAUAUGAUUUGGUCGGCAUUUGUAAAACAGGUAGAGGAAAGAUUAAGGAAGAUGGAGAAUCUGUUGGUCCUGAAUUAAACUUGAUACUUUGAACUCUACUGGCACAAGGAUUAACUCCGGUAUAUCACAGCUCUAGCCUGGUUGUUUUUAAGGCUAAGAAAAAGAAAGGCACUCAGGUUAAGUGUCUGACAUGUGUAGCAAACCAGUAUCUGCUUCUGAGAUUCUUUUGGCAAUGCUUUAUACUCAUAAUGUUGACUAAAAAUGAAAAAAAGUGCAAAAUUUGAAAUUUAAACUAAACUAACACAAUAUACCUUAUGUAAUGUUAUAUUUUAUUGCCAAAUUGGAAACAAGAUCACAUGGCUAACAGUUCACAUUUUUCCUAUGAGUAGUAAAAGAAUCAUUAUAUACCAUUGCUUGUAAAAUAAAGUUCUAUGGACUUCUGUUUUAAACGUCGUUUUAAUGUGUUAUAUAUUAAGUUUUGCAUAUUUAUAAUUCCCACUGAAUAAGUACUUGUUCUUUAUUUAAUUCUAUAGAUUAAACCAAUUCAAUGUCUUCAUAUCUUGUUAUUUUAAUCACAUUUUCUUCAUUUCUGUAGCUCCAUGUUUUAUGAUGUUGUAGUAAGUAUGUAAAAUAGCUUGUUUUCUCUUCAUCACUCCUGUCUUAGCAUCCUCUGUCAAACAUUUUCAAUCAAUUUCAGUCAUUCAGAUGUUUGAUUAUGAAAGACAAUGGGCAAAAAUUUUUGAGAAUAUGAUUUACUGUCAUAUAGAGACUGAAAACAUUGCAUAUACUGUCUUUCGAUUUGUUCAAUUUUAAUAUUUUAAUAUAGAUAAUCCACAUGAAAAGACAUUGCUAUUAAAGAUUGUACUUUUGAAAGUUGAAUAAAAUGUAUUUAGAUAACA